CCCUAUCAACGAAUUCGAUACAUGACAAAGCGUAACAUGACACCCCCUACGUAUACUCAAACUAUAUGCAUAUAUAAUAAAAUACAAAUAAUAUUAAUGCAGUGUCUCGUAUGAGCCUCGUAUAGCUUUGCUACUUUCCACAUAUAAACAUAAUUCGUUAUUCGUCUGACUCGGGAUAAUAAACAUCGAAGAGUCAUGAAAUUACUCAUCGUAACUUUGGCAACAAUAUUCACGUUUGUUGGCUUUUGUGAGUCGUGUAGCCAACCUGUGGGUUACGAGUCGAAGUCGAUUGCGGAAUUAACCAAACUGGCGCCGCUGGUGUUGCAUGCCAAGGUCGUGGCAACAGACAACCGAACGAUACACCGACAAGAGUAUAAGGCAACACUAAAUGUCAGCCAUGUUUACAAAGGGAAAUUGAACGAAACUCAAAUUGUAGUUGCAGGCUUCGCAGACUCGGCAGCUUGUCGGUCUGAAGUUUUUGUCGGAUAUGAAAGGAUAUUUUUCUUAGAUGUUAAUCCGUUCAGAGCUAGGAAUGAUGAUAUAUCAUCUGCUGUGGUAACGAAUUCAAGCGAGAUAUUUCAGGGAAUUCUUGAAGGUCUUUGCUGUCCCUAUACACCAGGUUAGCUGACAUUAAAUUUAGAGAGACAAGCUCACAAGCAAGAUGGUCAGCAUAAUCUCUCAUUUUCUAUGUGUAUGUAUCAUCAUACAGCCAUUCUUGAAUCUAUGAUGUAUAUCAUCAUAUGUUUCAGCUCGGGGUGGUUGUAUUAAAACUCUUAGUGUCUAAAAUACGCGAUUUUGAUUGGUUGACUUUUGCACCACCGUAGUUAACUUAAUUUGAUUUAAUAAAUGGUGAAUUUCAACAACCUGUAUUAUAGACAACUGCGAAUUCACUGUAUUAUAGACAACUGCGAAUCAAAGUGUCAACUGGUGUUGGGCGGAGUACUCUGUGUCCGAACGAUAUCACAAGCAACGCGUGUGUCGUUCGAUACUUGCACCCUUUUUUCUUGAGACUCAUAAACCACUAGAAUAACUUUUAAUAUUUAAAAUGUGGUUCGCCAAGUCAUGUGUAGAAAAGAUUUAUCCAUACUUUGCCCAACUUUAGGAAAAAUGAAUCGUAUACAUUGUAUAUCACGAUCCACUUCUUCAUGAUAUUUGUUUAGGCCUGUAUGUCAUGUGGAAUAUUUUUUCUUUUUCAGAUUGUCCACGAGAAAUAACCUGUCGUGGUUGUACGACGGCUGUGACAUCGAUCUGGUUUUUUAUCAUGUAAGUUUAAACAUAUUAGCGUUAACGGUAGGUUAAAAUUUAACCCGCUGUUUCGCAGUAGAGAAUAACACUUCUAUUAACAGGAUAACAUUCCUGAAAAAUAUCUUCAAUUUAUAAACUGGCUGUUCGCUUUGAUGUUUCUCGUUCACACGAUAUAGCUAACCGUACGUGCAUGGCAUUCGGACAACCGUCGCAUACAAUAUAAAGGCGUAACAUUUAAAGUAUUACCAAAUUACAGUUUUCCAUUUUACACAUCUGUUCAUACCAGGUUCAUACUUAAUCUGUGCAGUCCUCGCUGAUUCAUUUGAUGUGUUUAUGUACUAUAUUAUGUCUUGUUUCUUUAGAAUGUUGGGGAUUGCCAUUAAAUUACUCCUUGGUUGAUAAAGAAUGUCACAGAUUCCUAUACUGUAUUUAAAAGAUUGCAUGUUUUACACAACGCUUUUGAUGUCGUAUAUACCUCAUGGAGUAAGAACAUGGGCCAAAAUUAAAAGGAAAGCCAAACGGAUUGCGGAAACGUUCAGUGUCCUUUCUAUUCUUUUUGUCUGCCUGUUUAUCAUGGCUACAAGGAGUAUAGAAUAUUAUGAUUUUAUCAACUGAUUAAACUUGGUUAGCGCGAUACGCGGAUCCGUUAGAAAACUAACUGGAAUUAGCUGGGGGAAAUGGUAUGAAAACCGUCCACAGAGGUUAUUAGUUCAAUUUAAAUUUAAGUUUGGCCGAAUGACUAAAUAGCAACGAAGACUUAACUAUUAAUUACCAUAGUAGUAGUAGUACGUAUAAAAACAAGCAAAUUUUCAAAUAUUUUUGCAUGGUGACAAGCAUGGUUUGUAAAACAGAAAUGUUAUGGAAUUUCAUUAUACUGAGCUCAAAAAUAAAAACAAAAUAACUAUAACUCCAAAAAUGAACAUUUUAAUUUCGACAUCAUCAGGAAUGAUAGAUUAGCUGCAUCACACCCAGCCUAGACCUAGGCCUUUACUCGGCUGGCUUUGGCAGAUUUGGUCAAUUUCGGGCUAGCAUUUGGUAAGUAUAGCCAUGGUCCCAGUCUUUUCAUGUGAAAAAGCACUGAAUAUUAAAAAAAUAAUAAAAAUAGAAGGUCCAGGUAUAGGUUGGAUUAAACCAUAGUCGAAUGUUAGAGCAGAAUACAAUGUUCAUUUUUGGUUAACUAUAAAAACAGGAGUCAGGAUUAACAAAUAAUUGCAACCAUGUUAGACGUAGAUGGAGUGUCCACGUCAGCCAGCGUUAAAGUGGGGGCUAGCUAGCCAGAACGUAAGCUAAAGUGGCGGUUAAUUUUUGAAUGGAUUAGAAUAUGAAGCUAUACAGUGUAACAUCUUUAAAACAAAUAGUAUGUACAGGUUAUAAAGAAUUGUUCUUAUCAGAACUCGUUCACGAGAAAAUAUCAGACGAUUGUAAGCUAUAAGAUGAGGGCAACAAGCAAGGAGGUUAAAAACACAACCACAUACGACAUAUUAGUUUGCGAGGCUUUGCUAGGACAUAUGAAUGUCUCGUCAGAUUCAAACUCGCCUGUACUGGAUCUGCCCGAAUCCGACAUUUUGGAAAAAUGAAACACGCCCAAUUCUCGCUUCUGAGUCGUCCAGGGUGCGGACGGAUCGUUAGAAAUUCGCCCGAUACCAUCGCUUGUUACCGCGUAAAAUGCUGACACAGGCUGAACCUGUUUGAGGUCUAACCAGUCACCUGUCAUCCGGUCGCAUAGGUCAAGGUCGUGUACACCAAUGAACCAAUCAGGUGAAGGUGUUAUUCUGGUUAUAAAAGAAACCAAAGGACGUACGGAGUCAACAUUGAAUUCAAUUACGUCUGAGGUUCGCUGAGGUGCGAGAGGGGUAGGCCGGGUGAACGCGUGUCGUGUAGUUCUGUUCCUGACCAGUUUGUUUAUUUCGUCUUCUAGCACUUUUGUAUCUCCU